UAAGGGAAAGUAGCUUUGGAGUCAGGAACUGCUGGCGCCAAUAGAGAGAAGAGAAAAAUGAGGCUAUGGAAAAGGGCGGCCGGGGCUCUUAAAGACAGGAACAGCAUAUGGCUAGCCAGCAUAUCUCGGAGGACUCCGUACCGGAACCCGGAUCUCGAGGCGUUGGUCAUCAAGGCCACCAGCCACGACGAAUCCUACGUCGAUUACAAGAACGCUCAGAGGGUCUUUCAAUGGGUGCGCACCUCUGCCAUUUACUUGAAACCUUUGAUAAGGGCGCUGUCGAUGCGAAUGGAAAAGACCAGGAGCUGGGUUGUGGCUUUAAAGGGGUUGAUGCUCAUGCAUGGCGUUUUCCAUUGUAAAACCCCUGCCGUGCAAAUGAUUGGCAGGCUGCCGUUUGAUCUAUCAAAUUUCAGCGAUGGGCACUCCAAAAUGGGCAAGACAUGGGGCUACGAUGUUUUCAUUCGGGCUUAUUUUCUGUUUCUAGACCAGAAAUCUGCCUUGUUGGGGUCGGAGAUGAAGCUACAGAAAGGACGUAUCUGGCUGACAGAGGAACCGUUUACAGAGGAGCUCACGAGGUUACAAAAAUGGCAGUCUUUGCUUGACGUGCUGCUUCAAAUCAAGCCGCGGACUGAGGACAUGAUCGUCACUCUUGUUCUUGAAGCCAUGGAUUGUGUAGUCGUAGAGAUUUUCGAGGUAUACAGCAGAAUUUGCAGUGGGAUCGCGCAGGCUCUGUUGCAGGUGUACGAGGUUGGCGGGAAGGAUGAGGCAGAAAUGGCGCUCGUAGUUCUCCAAAAGGCAAGAGUGCAAAGUGAAGAACUCGCAAUGUUUUUCGAAUUUUGCAGGGACAUCGGCGUCAUUAACGCGUCGGAAUUCCCAAACGUUGAGCAAAUCCCAGACGAAGAUUUUAGAGAUCUCGAGCAAAUAAUCAAUGGGGAAUUCAAGGGGAAGAGCUUGGACGGAAAUGGCAUGCCGCCGGAGGACAUGAGAGCCAUUGUGUUGAAAGAAAGUGGAGCCAUUGUUGAACAAAGGGAAUCGAAGAGUGUUUUGAAAACAAUAAUUACUGAGAAAUGGGAAGUUUUUGAGGAGGAUUUGAAGGUUAAUGGGGCAGGGAAUUCGUCUGGUAUUAGAAGUAUUACUGCAAGAGAAGACCCUUAUACAACUCCUUUAACUGGAUUUCCUCUUGUUCUUGCUUCUAAUCAAGUUGUUCCAGAUUUAAUUAGUUUCUAGAAGUUGGAACAAUGAGAACCAAAACACCACGUCACGAGUUCGAGUCACGGAAGGGGAG